AUGUCAACCAUCAACGUCAAUGUCAAGUCGUCAAGCGACAAGAAAUUCGUGAUUGCGAUUGAGACCACCAAGACUGUCCUUGAUCUGAAGAAUGCCAUUGCUGAGCAAACUGAAGUCCCCGCUGAAAACCAACGCUUGAUCUACUCGGGACGCGUGCUUAAAGACCCUGAGACUUUGGCUGAUUACAAGAUUGCUGAUGGCAAUACGGUGCAUAUGGUAAAGAGCUCUGGACAACGUAGUACCGGCAAUGCAUCCUCCACUCCUAGUGGCACAGCCAAUACGACUUCUACUACUACGCCCAGCACUAACAACAGCACGGCAUCACCACAACAACCACCUAAUCCAUUUGCAGCAUUAGCAGGAGGAAUGGGAAUGGGAGGAUCACCUGGAGCUGGAGCAGCAGCAGCUGGAGGCAAUCCAUUUGGAAUGUUUGGUAGUGGAUAUGGAGCAGGAGCCAUGGGCAACAGUUUUGGUGCACCAGAUCCAACCUUGAUGAACCAAAUGUUACAAAACCCCAUGUUUGCUCAAUACAUGUCAACGGUGCUUCAAAAUCCUGCUGUCCUUGAUACCAUCAUUUCCAGUAGUCCACAAUUAUCUUCCAUGGGCCCCGAGAUUCGAAACAUGAUGCAAUCACCCGAGUUUAGACAAAUGCUCACCAACCCUGAUAUGAUUCGACAAAUGGCUACAAUGGCUUCUGCAAUGCAAGGAAUGGGUGGCGGUGGUAUGGGUAUGGGAAUGGGUUCUCCUCAACAGCAACAACAACAACAACAACCAUCAUCUCCAACCAACAACAACAACACCACUACCACCAAUGAUAAUCCAUCAUCCCAACAACAACAACAACAACCUCCUAUGAAUCCUUUUGCUGCUUUUAUGGGUGCAGCUGCAGGUGCUGGUGGAGCAGGAACAGGAGCACAACAACCACCCGCUAUGGAUCCUCAACUUCAACAACGUAUGGCUGCCAUGUUUGGUCUUCCAGGGAUGGGUGCUACUCCAGCAGCUCCAGCUGAUAAUCGACCACCAGAAGAACGCUUCCAAGUGCAACUACAGCAAUUAAACGAGAUGGGCUUUUGGGAUGCAAACAAAAACAUUCGAGCAUUGCUUGCUACGGGUGGUGAUGUUCAAGCAGCCAUUGAAAUGCUCUUUAGUGGAACCAUGUAG